CAAUAUGUUUCGACAACAUUCGACGUGAAACCUAGAAGCUCUCUCUUCUCUCACACCCCAAUAUCUUCAGCGCCCAUUCUUCUUUCGCUGUGGACCGUCAUCUUUGGGUGGUCAUGCCGUUCAUGUCCGCCGUGUCGCUCUAAUCCAUAAUCUCCUCUGCUUUCCUCGAAGGCCUACCGGAUCCCUGCAUUGCUGUCGUCCUCAUGGAGACACUGAACGCCAUGUUGUAUCUUCAUGAUCAAGGGCACCUCCACAGAGACAUCAAGGCUGGUAAUAUCUUGAUUGACUCCAAUGGGUCGGUGAAAGUUGCAGAGUUUGGGGUUUCUGCUUCUGUUUAUGAGGCCAAUUCGAGUGGAGAGUCAUCGAUUCGGUUAAACGACAUUGCUGGGAUGCCGUACUGGAUGGCGCCUGAGGUGAUACACUCGCACAAUGGGUACGGAUGCAAGGCGGAUGUAUGGUCUUUUGGGAUCACAGCUCUGGAAUUGGCUCAUGGGGGGCCUCACCUGUCUAACUUGCCUCCUUCAAAGUCUCUGCUUUUGAAGAUCACGAAGCGGUUUCGGUUUUCGGAUUAUGAAAAUAGUCACGACAAUAAUUACAAGAGCAAGAAGUUCUCUAAGGCCUUUAAAGACUUGGUGGGUUGUUGCCUUGAUCAGGACCCGAACAAGAGGCCCACUGCAGAGAGGUUGCUUUGCAACUGAUUAGGCAUGGUUGCUAUGGAAUGAAGACAAAUCCUUGGAACUAUUAGACAAAUCCUUGGAACUAUUGGACAAAUCCUUGGAACUAUUGGACAAAUGCUUGAAAGAAUACUGCAUUUAAUCUCAAGUACUUAGAUGCAUUCAUGUGGGUUUAUUAUGUGUUCAGAAAUUCCCAGCAGACAGGCCAGGAAUGUCAUCUGCAGUUUUCAUGUUGGCGAACGAGGGAGCAAGUUUGGCUUGGCCUAAACAACCUGCUUUCUUUCUGGAAAGAUGCUCCAUUGAUUUGGAGGCAAGGACAAGAAGGAACAAUUUUAUACAGAAAAUGAAAUAACCACAUCAAUGGAAGAAGGUUUGGUGGGCUGGAACAAGAUGGUUUCCGCGAUGGAGAAGGUGUGAUGCUCUGAGACUGUUUUAGUUGCUUUGCCUGUCUGUCUGUUUAGAAUCUGUGUGUUAGUCUCUUUGCUUUGGGUGUUUGGUCCCCUUUCUACAUCAGAUGAAGGGCAUUUCUUUCAUCUUCCAUGUCUCUCUGCUCCGAUAUUUUGUCUUGAAUUCGUCCAACUUUUUCGAUU